AUGAAGACGCGUGUACUCAAUCCAACGGACACAAAUGAAAAACUUUCACAACUGGAUUCACCUGGCAUGCUUCUUGUUAACACUACUUUUGAUGGAAAAGGAUAUGGGGGUUGGAGAAGGGGUAUUCUCAUAGACUUGUCUGCGAAGAACAAGCUGAGAGUGUUCAUACUCCAAACAGCCAAGGACAUCUGGGAUGAGCUUGAAGAAAGGUUUGGUCAGAGUAAUGGACCAGAACUUUAUCACCUACAAAAGGAGAUCACUGAGUCAACACAAGAAAAUUUAGAUAUAGCAGGAUACUAUACUAAGAUGAAAAGACUGUGGGAUGAGUUGGACAGCCUGGAUGUGUGUCAACACUGUACCUAUCCCUAUAGUUGUGGUGGUAAAAUCAAAAACUUCAAAUCUCAGCAAGAUAGCAGACUCAUUCAGUUCCUUAUGGGACUGAAUGAUGCUUAUGUAACAACCAGAAGCAAUCUAUUUAUGCUAUCACCAUUGCCUACAGUCAAUCAUGCCUACUCUUUGCUUAUCAAAGAUGAGAAGCAAAGAGAAGUACAAAUUUCUCACCAUCCAGCUGAAAGUGUCUUUGUUGCUGCUCAACGGUCCUAUGGAGGACCGAAGAAGACCUCUGCUAAGAAAUUCAACACAAAAAUAACGAAAGGAACUCAGUUCUGCAACUAUUGCAAGAAGCAUAAUCACACUAUUGAAAGCUGUUAUAGGUUGAUUGGCUUUCCUUCAAAUUUUAAGUUCACUAAAUCCAAAAGAUUCAAUGGAGCUAAGAGCAAUGCAGUACUUUAUAUGGAAACAUCAGACUCCCAGACAAGCACUGCAGGAGAUCAACCCAUGACACAGGAUCAAUUUCACAGCCUUUACUAG